UGUGCAUCAUUGACUAAACCUUGGCAUGCUUCUCCUCUGCAUUUUUUGAAUCAGAUUGACAGUUAGAGAUAUGGCUACUGUUGGAGAUAAAAGUGGUAGGGACGAGAUUGAUGAUAAACUGAAUAACACGGUGGAAGUAGUAACUUCUUCCGAUGAAGAUCCAGAUUCAGGUUCAGGUUCAGAUUUAGAUUCCGAUUACGAGAUUGAUGAUGAACUGAAUAACACGGUGAAAGUAGUAACUUCUUCUGAUGAAGAUUCAGAUUCAGAUUCAGAUUCAGAUUCAGGUUUAGAUCAUCCGAUUGGCGGAAAUGCUCACAUUAACAUAGAUGAAAGAUAUGAGAAACUCUUGAGCAAUUAUGCUAAGCAAGCCUUGCAAGUAUACAAUGACCAAAAAAAUGCGAGUUAUGAGCUUGAUCACCUUGUCAAGGCUAGUAGCCAUGGUGUUGCUGGCAUGAUGUAUUACAUUACUUUUACUGCACACUCUGGAGAUAAUGCGCCUCAAACCUUUGACGCUAGAGUAUGGUUAAAAAUAAUGAAUUUUGGAACAGAAAUCACGUUUUGUGAGAUGGCAACUGAUUAA